UGCCGGAAACGCGCGAGGAGGUGCUGGAAACACGCGUGUUGUGGAGGUUCGUGUGUCCGUGGAUCUUCAGAGGACUUCAGCUCAGGUUUCCACUCAAAGACGCGACAUGGAGGAAGCUCUCGUUCGAGCUCCAGUUCCUCGUGAGCUGGUGGACGUUCUUGGUGUCGAGCCUCAGAGCAGCCUCAAAGCGAAGGCCUUCACCGAGGCGUUCCUGAGGAAGAGCAUCAAGCGGCCGGAACGCUUCAACCUGCAGAACAUGCUGAGCCACAAGGCCCUGAUCCUGGGCUACAACCGGCCCAGGAAGGAGAAGAGGAAGGGCAUGAAAGCCAAAGGCCUGAACGCACGGCAGAAGAGGGAGUUGAAGGUCUUUGAGAUUAAGCCUGAACACCAGAGAUACGAGCUUUUCCUUCCUCUGCAUGAACUCUGGAGACAGUACAUCAUCGACCUGUGCAGUGGAUUAAAACCAACAAGCAAUCCACAGGCUGUGCAGCAGAAGCUCCUGAAGGCGGACUUCCACGGAGCCAUCAUCACAGUGGUGCGGUCCAAGUGUCCAUCAUAUGUCGGGACUUCGGGGAUUCUAGUGCAAGAGUUCAAACACGUCUUCAAAAUCAUCACCAAAGAGGACAAACUGAAAGUGAUCCCGAAGAGGAGCAGCGUGUUUGCAGUGGAGAUCAACGGCUUCGUCUCGCACAUCUACGGCAGCAGGUUUGAGCAUCGAGCCAGCGAACGCUCGGCCAAGAAGUUCAAAGUGAGAGGAACCAUCGACCUGUGAGGGUGCGGUGAGCCUGUGAGAUGCUGCACACUGCAGCUGCUCCCACCUGCCGUCAAAGGAAGUGCAGCCACAGCGAUGGCGAGUGUGGAGCAGAGACGGAUGAGCUCACAUGACAGUUUGAGCUACGGUUUUAACCCUGCUGCUCAGGCAGGACCUUAUCCUCCUCCUGCAGAGGAGCUCUAGUAAAUAUGCACACUAGCUCAGUUUUUAAGCUUUAGCAGCCCUGAGAAAACGCCGUGGUGGUGUGAGCAGGUUUUGAAGUCACAUUUCUCACGCAAAGCUGCAGGUGUGCAUCUAGAAAGAUGAAGAUGUUUGCAGAGAACAAUCCAGCAUUACUCAACUGUUUACCUGGUAAAGCUCAGUGGGAGUGUCGGACUUUUCUCUGCCACCUGCUGCAGAGGAUUUGGUGUCAUAAUACCUGUGGGAAGCUCAGCAGUGGACAAACCUGUCUUUGCUCUCCGUGGUUUCUUCCACUUGAGUCCAAACACUGU